UCUGAGAGCUCCCCUUCUUCGGUAUUCUCCCCUCUUCCUCGGAUCAGCUCGUCCCUCCCACCCUCUUCCUCGGAUCAGCUCCUUAGACUCCCCGCAGCCAAGGACUAUGACGACGCCAUCCUCCCACAACCAGGAGGACGAUGAGAUACUGAACCCGCGUCUGCAAAUGGCUGAGGGACACCAGCAAAUGGAUCUUGAUGCUCAGAGUGAAACCGAUAGUACUGAUUAUAGUACCAAUGAUGACGAUGAUGUUACGGAAACUUCUAUUUCCAAGUUUACAUGGGCGAUCAAGAACUUCUCGAGGUUGAAAACCAGGAAGCUCUACUCGGACGUCUUCUUAGCGGGUGGCCACCAAUGGAGACUGCUUCUCUUUCCGAAAGGUAACAAUGUUGAUUCUUUGUCCAUAUACAUGGAUGCUGCUGAUUCGGCGAGCUUAGUUUUUGGGUGGACAAGAUUUGCGCAUUUCGGUCUGACUGUAAUCAAUCAAAUCAAAUCCAACCGUUCGAUCACAAAAGAUUGCCAGAACAUAUUCUGUGCACUUAGAAAUGAUUGGGGUUUUUCACAUUUUAUGCCACUAAGUGAAGUCCAUAACUCGAGCGAAGGAUUUCUUGUGAACGACACUCUUAUAAUCGAAGCCGAUGUCACUGUUCUCCGAUUCAGUGAUUGGUCUUAUGAAGAAAGAAAAGAGACAGGUUUGGCUGCUGUCAAGAGUCGAGUAGUUGAUUGCUAUCAGGACUGGACCGACCGUAUUGCUUACUCCAUGAAGGUGCUGAAUCGCAUGAUUCCUCCUCUCCUUGACGGUAUCUGUCAGUGCUUUGAGCGCUAGUCAAGCAAACCGAUGUCAGUGCUUCAUUUGCUCUUGGAUAGGCAUAAGAAACAAACUGCUCUCUUUUGUUGCUUGAAACAAAUAUUAUCAUUUUCUUGAUGCAUUAUUAUUGCUUUAGUUAAUUUUCUUUUUAUUCCGCUUAUCAAUUGUUAGUGUUCGACCAAAUUAUUUAAUUGUGGUUCUCGUUAUAUGACUUUUGGUUCUUAAUCAAAAUAUGAGAGGAUUUAAAGUUGAUAUUGUUUUAGUUGUUACUUCCAAUCUGUACUGUGGAUUUUUAUUUUGCUAAUAAUAUAACUGUAUAUAAAAAUUAUCGUAUAUGGAAUACAGAAGCGUAUAGAGGUUAUAUAGCGCGCAGUGGCGCUCUGCAAUACCCCUAUUGGCCUUCCAUUUUCCUCGCCUCUGACAGUUCCCUUUCUCCGCCCUCCUCUCUCCUCUCCUUAGCCGUGGUCUUCCCGGAGAUCGCAGGUCCAUCUCCUCCGUUUUCGGUCGCGAUUGGGCUCCUCCACUUCCCCGCUCUCACGUCUCCACCUACGCUCGCCGUACGCGCCACCACCUCCUCGAUAUCUUGAUAUCUAAACCUUCGGAGUUUCUUUGACCUUUGUGCCGUCACCGUCGAAAGUCCCCAGCCAAUGACGGGUUAGCCAUGAUCUUGGUUUUCUUCCUUGGAGGUUGGUUUGAGAUUUUGUUGUAUUGAAUUUGAUUUCUUCUUUUCAAUUGGAAUUGAUCUAUAGGUUGCUUACUAAUGCUGGAAUUGGGUGACUUGAUUGAUUUAUAUUAUUAGGGUAUUGGUCGGUUUUCUUUUCCUUUUUUUGUCUGCACAGUUGUUCAGAGUGAAGUCACCAGUACUGACUGGAGCCAUCAGGAGGAGGAACCUUCGUCCUUAGAUUUACGUGGGCAAUCGAGAAUUUCUCCAGGUUGAACACCAAGAAACUCUACUCUGAUAUCUUUACAGUGGGUGGCUGCCAGUGCACAACCUACCUUAUGCGUGGAGUAGAUUUGGAUGGAUCAAUCUGGCUGCGAUCAAUCAAAUCCAAAGCAAGCAUUUGAUAUGAAAAGGCUUUGUUUCUGUGGCAGAGUAAGAUCUUCAGAAGAAACCAAGAGGAACGUUAUGUUCGAAGUGCAUGCAUAUGAGGGCCAGCUCUGACUUCCCCAUCCUGCAAUGGUUCAACUGGUGAAAGUCCGAGAGGCUUCUUCCACCUUCUGACAGAAGUUAUUCAGAAUCCAGGAAUGGUGUGAUAACUUAACAUGAUUGGUCUGAGGGGCUUCUUCCACUUACAUUGCAGGUAUCGUAGUCACAACUUCCCACAAUAUCCUCCGUCCACCAUUGCUAAGCUUAGGCUGCUGCAUUGCUUACCGUCUACUGCGGAGGAGAGGCUACACAGGAAGCCACCGUGAGAUGGUACACGAACAUCUGGGAGUUGAUGCUUGGUUGACUCCUCAUCCUCUGUGCAUGGAAUGGGGCGCUUAUUGUCUCUCAAAACAUAUGGAGUUCAAAGUGAGAAAGCCGAGACCCUAUGUUUUGUUUACUCCCAGUCUGAGCCGUGCACAGGGACAGCAGCAGUCGCCAUGGCCGGUGGGAUUCGGCCGAUACCGUCGCGCUUUGUCCCAUUUGCUGGCCAUGACCAAUUCGUCCACGGUAGUGUGCAUCAUCCUAUAGCUUCUCGGCAUCUGCAGUCAUAUAUAAUUGUUUUGGGUGGCUCGAUCCGAGUUUUUGUCCUUGUGCUCGGAAGGUUUUCGUUGUUGGGUUUCUCGUGGGUUAUCACCGUACGCUUCCUCCUGCUACAUCCUUAUUUUUUCUCCUGCUGGGGCCUCUCUUUCUUGCUAUAUUUGCUGUUUAACAAUCACACGUUGAGGUGUCUAGUAAGAAUUCAAUUUUACUCAGAUUAUUUUUAUAGUUAA